AUGCACGCCGAAGAUGCAGAUAUGUCUGAUGUCGAGGAGCAUGGAGCUAUCGACAAAGCCACACAGCAACGUUACAGAGUCUGGAAAAAGAACAGUCCCUUCUUAUAUGACUACGUCUCCACCAAUUCAUUAUUAUGGCCUUCGUUGACCGUUCAAUUCUUCCCGGACUUGGAAACAACUGAAAGCAACAAUGCAAAGGUUCCUCAAUCGCUUGUUUAUCAAAGGCUUCUUCUUGGUACAUUCACUUUAGGCCAAGGAGUAGACACAGUGUCAAUCUGGCAGCUACCGUACUAUAGAGACUUUCAUGAAAAUCUUAAUGUGGAUCAGCUAGAUUAUAAUCCUGAGAAGCACGAGUUCGAGCUUCCAGCAGUCUCCAAGAAUAAAUUAAGAAAUAUCCAGUCGAUCAACCACUUUGGAGAUGUCAACAAGCUUAGGUACAUGCCCCAAAACCCAGACGUCAUUGCAAGUUCAAACAACAUGGGCAACUUGUCAGUCUACAAUCGUACCAAACACUCCAAUAUCAAGACACUCGGAAACGAAAACGAAAUUAAUGAACCCCAACUACGUUUAGUGAACAAAGCCAAGCCAUCUAAUGAGGAUAUAUUCGCCUUUGACUGGAACAAGCAGGCAGAAGGUGUGAUAACCUCAGGUAGCAUGGACGGCACCAUCAACAUCUACGAUAUCCUGUCGGGCUAUAAUAGCAAAGAUGACACAUCUAUUGAUGUCAUCAAGUAUUAUGACACCGGGGUUGGCAUCAACGAUAUCGAAUGGAUACCAACACAUAAUACCGUAUUUCUUUCUGCAGAUGAUUCAGGCAGUCUCAAACUUUUUGACACUAGAAGUGGCAGCUCCAGCCCCGUUGCUGAGCAUAACAUUGGCAUUGCCUGUAAUUCGCUUUCAAUUAAUCACAAUGGCAGAAGUGUGGCUUCUGGUCACAGUGAUGGGUCUGCUAACAUCUUUGACCUCCGUUCCAUGAGCCAGGGCAGCAUAUUCAACUUUAAUCCCCAUACAGACUCUACUACUCAGGUAAGGUGGCAUCCAAAGUUCGCAUCCAUAUUGGGAAGCUCCUCGACGGACAAGCUGGUCAAGCUUCAUGAUCUAGGACGUUCCGAGCACAAGGAUGGCCUCCUCUUUAGCCACGAGGGGCAUAUGCUCGGUGUAAAUGACUUUGACUGGUCACUACACGAGGACUGGAUGGUCGCUAGUGUUGCCGAUGAUAACUCUCUACACGUAUGGAAACCCGCUCACACGGUUCUACAUAGCUGA